AUGGCAUCCAGGGUGAAGAAGAGAAUGGCAUUGCGCAGAAAGUUUCACAUCCUCAGAACUCUAACCAACUCCAAAUCUGUUAAUAGAAGCUCCAUAAUCAUGGAUGCUUUUCUCUACAUCUACAAUUUGAAACUCAAACUAGAAGCAAUGGAAAGAGAAUAUCUGUACCUAACAGAGCAUGUCCAGGAGGUGAAAGUGGAGAGGCUUGGAAGAGGAUUUCUAGUUAGGGUGACUUGCAAGAAAGACAAAGACUUGCUAGUAUCAAUCUUGGUGGCAUUUGAAGAAAUGAAGCUUAAUGUUGUCCAAGCUAAGCAGCUCUCAUGCAACUGUUUCUUUGGCAUGGAAGCCAUUGUUGAAGCAGCUUAUGAUGACCACCAAGCUGUGGAAGUGAGAGAUGUCACUCAAGCUGUUCUCAAUGCCAUUCAAAAGCCAGCUGAACAAGGGACACUUUAAAAAGUGUCGAGGUGCCUAUAUUUAAUAA